UUGUUGUGCGCGUCAGUUUGUCCUCAAGUUGUUUUGAGGUGUAAUCCGAAGUUGUUUGUUUUAGCGUUUUCUUCACAGUUGAAAAAAAACACCAAAAGCGAUCAUCGUGGCACGCGACUGAAAACCUGAUUUCCAGAUAAAAUAACAAAAUAAGAGUCAUGGUUUUAUAAUAAUAUACGAUUAUUUUGUGGUUGCUGUUUUUUAUUUGACUUGACUGUUGCAAGUAGUAAGUUGUAAACAACAACGUUUAGACAGGCUACCCAAACUCAGGCCCAAAAGUAAAUGAAUAUACAAAUCCUAAAAUGUGAUUAAAAUGAUGAAGCUAAGUGAGAUGUAUUAAUAUUAGUAAUAAUAUUGCUAUAAUAGUUUCUGCUGUUUGUACCGUUUCGUACGUACUUCUUCUCAGACAUUUUAAGCUGCUAUCACCGCUGGGGAUAUAAAAAAGUCCCUGUUUCAGCUCCUGGUGGCGGUGCCCAGUCAGCGGCUCCACUGUUAAUAUGUAAACGGUACGAUGAUUGAAGACUCGAGGCAGUUUCCCCGGCUGUGCCCUGAACCCGGGCCGCGCGCCAUUGGCCGCCAGCGCCAGUGGCCAAACAACCAAUGGGAGGGCGCCGACCACGAGCCGUCCUCCCUCGGGCCGCGUGUCCCUCGCCCUGAUUGGCGGAAAGUUACUGUGGGAAAGAAAGUUUGGGAAGUUUCACACGAGCCGUUCGCGUGCAGCGCGCGAUAUAAAUACGAGCGGCACGCGGGGAGACCAGCAGAGAGACUCUGCAUCCGCUCCAAGAGACAGCUGCCGCCGCGCGCCGCUCUAACGGAUUCUAACUUGGUGCAUAUCUCAGGAUAAUUGUUGGUGGAAGAGGGGACUCUUGAAUAUCGUCAGCUGACAACGUUCAUCGUCCACCACUGGAUCGUAAUUUGCUGUGGUUUUGUGGAUAUUUUUGAUAAAAAAAAAAAAAAAAAAAAACAAAAAAAAAAAACGAAAGAUGCCUGCCGACAUGAUGGAAAAAAACUCGUCCUCCCCGGUCGCUGCAACCCCGGCAAGCAUGAACACAACCCCGGACAAACCCAAGACCGCCUCCGAGCACAGAAAGUCGUCCAAGCCCAUUAUGGAGAAAAGAAGACGAGCAAGAAUCAACGAGAGCCUCGGGCAGCUGAAAACCCUGAUCCUGGAUGCGCUGAAAAAAGACAGCUCCAGACACUCCAAACUGGAGAAGGCGGACAUCCUGGAGAUGACGGUGAAGCAUCUCCGGAACCUCCAGAGAGCGCAGAUGACCGCCGCCUUGAACACGGACCCCACUGUCUUGGGGAAAUAUCGUGCGGGUUUCAGCGAAUGUAUGAAUGAAGUCACCCGGUUCCUGUCCACGUGCGAAGGCGUCAACACCGAGGUCAGGACGCGCCUGCUCGGUCACCUGGCCAACUGCAUGACCCAGAUUAACGCCAUGAACUACCCCAGCCAGCAUCAGCACCAGCACCAGCACCAGCACCAGCUCCCCCCCACCACCGGCCCAACGCACCCCUCCUUCGCCCAGUCCAUGGUGCAGAUCCCCAGCUCGUCCCCGCAGGUUCUGCCCAUGAACGCGGUCUCGUGUAAAGGAGGCUCCUCGCCGGCAAGUUUGCCUUCAGACGGCACCAAAGUGUACGGCGGUUUCCAGAUUGUGCCUGCCACGGACGGACAGUUCGCGUUCCUCAUUCCCAAUGCGGCGUUUGCGCCAAACGGCCCCGUGAUCCCGGUUUACGCCAACAGCGUCAGCACGCCGGUGCCGGUGCCGGCUGCGGUGUCGCCCGGAGCCCAGUCAGGCAACACGGACUCGGUGUGGCGGCCCUGGUGAGGACUGGGGAGGGACCACAAAGACUCCAUGACACUUAAUAGUUAUCUCUUUGUUCAAUGUUAGAAAAGUUAUUUUGAAUUCGUUUUUUUCUUGUAAAAUGGAAAGAGAAUGCACUAUAUAUUUGUACAGCUAACAAGGGAGUAAAGUUCAUAUUGAAACGAGAUUUGUAUUGUGGAAGUCAGUUCACUACAUUUUAUAUAUUUUGAGUUGUCUGUUUUUUUACUGUGUGAUGCCAAAGAUAUGUUCAUUGCUCUUAUGCUGUUCUUCGUUUUGGAAGACGAAUAAAUUUGUAAAGACAUUAAAAACGAAAA